CACCUCGGUCAUCAGAUUCAGUUCCACUGCUGCCCUUCGCUAGCCCUAUUCGAUCUCCGAUCUCAGAUCCGUUCAGUCGCCAGCUCCUCUUCCAGUGCUUUUUUUGCAAUAUGAGGUUUUCCCUGGCAUUCCGUCCCGUGGAUUUGUAGUCGUAACGGCCAUCGUAGCGAGCACUGGUAACACCCCUCACGCCCACCGGCGUUACGGGGCGUUUAACGCCCCGGGGGCGUGAAACACCGCCCUCCGCCGGCGUAAAACGGGCGUGAGGGCGCCUGCGUCAAACGAAUGACGCGACGUGGAAAAUGCGCUGCUCCCUCCUAGCGGCUAAAAAAGCCGUUGCACCCCAAAUUAAAAAAAUUUUUUUCCUAUAACUUCAACCCUCCCCAACCAAUCUCUCACACCUUCUCUCCAAUCUCUUCUUCUUUCUUAUUUUUAAAUUUCAAAAUUCAAAUCCCUCCUCCCAAUUUUCAACAUGAAUCUUUCCGGCUCCGGCUUCGAUCCCGACAAUCUCCCCCCGAGUGACGCCGCGAUGUGGUUCUACCAAGAGUGGGGCGAUCGACCGCCGAUAUACGAGACGCAACAAUCGGGGUACGUCGACCGAGAUUCGGUUCCGGAGACUCAACCGGAACCGUCCGGAUCGAAAAAAAGUACACGCCGGAGGAGCCACAAAGCCAAAAGCACGUUGACCGAUGCGGCACGGUCAAUCCAAAAGUGGACGCCGGAGGAGGAGUGCAUAUUGGCGUCGGCUUGGGUUGACGUCUCUGAGCAUCCUAUCAUUGGUACGGAGCAAACGAAGGAUGCGAUGUGGGAUCGUAUCGAGGAGAAGUUCUUCACGGAGAUGAAGAAGGACGGCUCCUACCGAACCCGUGACCAACUCACUUCCAAAUGGAGCCACAUCAACAAAAAAGUACGAAAGUUUAUGGGAGUAUACGAGGAAUGCUCCCGGUCCCGGAGGAGCGGCAUGAACGACGCCGAUGUUCUCCGGCUUGCCACGACCCGGUAUCAAGACGACAGGAACCAAGGCAAGGUGCCCAUCGAUCUUUGGGGGAUUUUGAGUCGUUCCCCAAAGUGGCAACAACUCAACAAUCCCGACGGCGUAUCAUUCCGGAAAAGAUCCACCGUCGACGCCGAGGUUGAGGUCGACGAGACCAUCGGUUCUACUGAUCAAAUCCCUUCCUUCAACGUUGCGGUUUCUGAUGACGAGGACCCCAUUCCACGUCCGAUCGGAAGAAAGAAGGCAAAAUCUAUUGCCUCUGGUUCGGGAGGGUCCGCCUCUAUUUCCGCUUCUCCCCGCGACGAAAUCGGCCGGGCAAUGGUUGAACAAGUUCGGGCGUUCAAUCUCCAAGAACAAGAGAGGAUGAAGCUUAAAGAGAAGGAGUUGAAGCUAAAGGAGCAGGAGGCCGAGAUGAAAGUCAUGCAAACCGACCCCGGGACGUUGUCGGAGUUUGGACGAAUUAUCUACGAGCAAAGAAUGAGAGAGAUCAAGGAGAAAUAUAAUUUUCCUUAGUUUUUUUAUUAAUGUAUCUUUUUUUUUAAAUUAUUGUCGCUUUUUUUAUUUAAUUAAUGUGUUUUUUAUUAUUCGUGUUUCAAUUUAAUUAAAUAAAAAAUUAAGUACAUUUUAUUAAUUUAAUUUUAGAAGAUGUAUAUUUAAAAAUGUAAAAAAAUGAAGGUUUGAAGCCCAG